AGCUGGGGUGCACACCUGCACGAGGUACCCUCCCGCUUGCCUCCUUCCACAGCAGACCUCCUCGUCACCCUGUGCUCUCCCCUUCUAAAGCAGUCAUGUCUGUGCCGAAGAGUGCUGGGGCUCCCCAGGGAGCCGUUACCCUCAAAUUGGACAGCAUGUCGACUCCCGAAAGUGCCAGGAAGCUGCAGAACAAGGACUCUAGAUUCUUGGACGGGAGCCCUUCAGAGUCGCCGGACUUGGAGAAGACCAAGGGCAUAACAUUGUUCCAGACCUUGGUUCACUUGUUGAAAGGCAACAUGGGCACAGGGAUCCUGGGACUGCCCCUGGCCGUGAAGAACGCUGGCAUCCUGGUGGGCCCACUCAGCCUGCUGGUGAUGGGCUUGGUCGCCUGCCACUGCAUGCUCAUCUUGGUCAGGUGUGCCCAGCGCUUCUGCCAGAGGCUUAACAAGCCCUUUCUGGACUAUGGGGAUACGGUGAUGCAUGGACUAGAAGCCAGCCCCAGCACCUGGCUCCAGAACCACGCCCACUGGGGAAGGCGUAUCGUGAGCUUCUUCCUUAUUGUCACCCAGCUGGGCUUCUGCUGUGUGUAUAUUGUGUUUCUGGCCGAUAAUUUAAAACAGGUAGCGGAAGCCAUUAAUAGCACCACCAACAACUGCCACAACAACGAGACAGUCAUUCCGACCCCCACCAUGGACUCACGGCUCUAUAUGCUGGCCUUCCUGCCCGUCCUGGUGCUGCUGGUCUUCAUCCGGAACCUCAGGGUCCUGACCAUCUUCUCCAUGUUGGCCAACAUCAGCAUGCUGGUCAGCCUGGUCAUCAUUGCCCAGUACAUCGCCCAGGACAUUCCGGACCCCAGCCAGUUGCCACUGCUGGCAAGCUGGACGACCUACCCUCUCUUCUUUGGGACAGCCAUUUUUUCAUUCGAAAGCAUUGGCGUGGUUCUACCACUGGAAAACAAGAUGGAGGAUGCCCGCCACUUCCCAAUCAUCCUGUCUUUGGGAAUGUCCAUCAUCACUGCCCUGUACACCAGCAUUGGGGCUCUGGGCUACCUGAGAUUUGGAGAUGAUAUCAAGGCCAGCAUAACCCUCAACCUGCCCAACUGCUGGCUGUACCAGUCCGUCAAGCUCCUCUACAUCAUCGGCAUCCUGUGCACCUAUGCCCUGCAGUUCUACGUCCCUGCCGAGAUCAUCAUCCCCUUCGCCCUCUCCCAGGUGCCAAAGCGCUGGGCAUUGCCUCUGGACCUGUCCAUCCGCCUCGCCCUGGCCUGCCUGACAUGCAUCCUGGCCAUCCUCGUCCCCCGCCUGGACCUGGUCCUCUCCCUGGUGGGCUCCGUGAGCAGCAGCGCCCUGGCCCUCAUCAUCCCACCCCUCCUGGAGAUCGCCACCUACUACUCAGAGGGCAUGAGCCCCCUCACCAUUGCCAAGGACGCCCUGAUCAGCAUCCUGGGCUUCGUGGGCUUCGUGGCAGGGACCUACCAGGCCCUCUAUGAACUGAUCGAAUCAGAAGAGUCUCUCCCCUUUUCUAACUCCACCACUUUUGUUCAGUGACCAUGGUGCUGCUUCUUGCCCACCAGUACCUGACUUAUGAUGACACGGAUCUCUUUCACUUGCAUUAUCUUUAUAAUGCAUCUUUACUUUGCCUUUUCUCUGAGCCAACUCGAGGUGAAACAAGGAAGGACUCACCAGCUUAAAAGUCUAAUUGGUAAUUUUAAAUAUAUAUAUAUAUAUAUAUA